AUGGGACUGUUCGUGAUGUUUCUGUCAUCUGGUAUGCUGGUGAGGGACGCAGCCAUGGCAUUCCGUGUGGGUAUCGAGACGGCACGAAAUGUGAUCCGUGAAACCUGCCGUGUGCUGUGGAAGGUUUUGGUCCCUCUAUACAUGAAGACACCAACAGAAGAAGAGUGGCGAGAAAUCGCCACUGGGUUUUCAAACCGUUGGCAGUUCCCGAAUUGCCUUGGAGCAGUCGACGGCAAGCAUGUGCAGAUGAAAUGUCCACGUAAUGCUGGAAGUAUGUACUUCAAUUACAAGUUGAUGUGGGUGCACCUGGGAGGUUCAGUGAUGGGGGAAUUUUCAGAUUCCCUUAUCGGCAAGCGAAUGCAUGAGGGCAAGCUUAAUCUACCACGAGCAGCCACGCUCCCAAGGUCGGAAAGAGUUUGUCCUCAUGUGUUUGUUGGCGAUGAGGCCUUCCAGCUGCGCCCAGAUUUCAUGAGACCACUGCCAGGGAGCCGGACUGCACCUGAGGAGGUGAUCUUCAACUACCGCUUCAGUCGUGCAAGACGCUGCGUGGAAAAUGCCUUCGGCAUUCUUGUAUCUCGCUGGCGGAUAUACGAGAGGCAGAUCAACACGGAGCCCAAAAAUGCAGACAUCAUUGUGAAGGCGACAUGCGUGCUGCACAACUUCCUUUCUUCAAAUGCUGCAUCUACGUACUGUCCUCCUGGCUACGCGGAUUUCCAAGACAUGUUUGGAACUGUGAGCAGUGGCACCUGGAGACAAGGACCAGAAAGCACUGCAGUGUUCGGUUUGGAGAAAUCAAAGGCCCAUAACUGUACUAGAGUGGCCAAUGCGGUGCGACAGGAGUUCCUGAAGUACUUUAAUGAUGAAGGCCAAGUGCCUUGGCAAUGA